GUCAUUUAACGCACAGAGAAAGAUAGGCCCUGUUGCUCUCUACUUUAACUCGACUAUUGUGAUAACUGGACUAAAGGCCAUCUGAGAAAAACAAGCCACUCUAGGAAUGGGACGUGUCUAAAAUAAAAUUAUUUCGGAAAAGAAAACGAUGGAUAAAGACAUUCGACCGAAGAUGGAUGCAAACCAUUUUAACUGUAGCGUAGAGUCGCCAAGUAUGCCUUACAGUAGGCGAGUUUCACCUGACAGAAACUCGGUCGGGAAAACUGACUUUCAGUGUCCUAUAAAACGACAGGCAGUGAAAAGACAUCACCACAAACAUAAUUUGAAACAUAGAUACGAGUUUAUGGAGACGCUUGGAAAAGGCACUUAUGGGAAAGUCAAGAAAGCAAUCGAGAGAUCCGGUAGAAUGGUGGCCAUCAAAUCAAUCAGGAAGGAAAAGAUCAAGGAUGAGCAAGACCUUUUACACAUUCAUAGAGAGAUCGAGAUCAUGUCCUCUCUCAACCAUCCCUACAUCACCACCAUAUAUGAAGUGUUUGAAAACAAGGACAAGAUUGUCAUAGUGAUGGAGUACGCCAGCCGAGGAGACCUGUAUGACUAUAUCUGUGAGAAGCAGAGGAUCACUGAGUACGAGGCCAGACACUUCUUCAGGCAAAUCGUUUCAGCUGUGCAGUACUGCCAUCAGAAUGGGAUAGUACAUCGUGACCUGAAACUGGAGAAUAUUCUACUAGAUGGCAACGGUAAUAUUAAGAUAGCAGAUUUUGGACUUUCAAACAUUUACCAUAAGGAUGGGUACCUUCAAACCUUUUGUGGAAGUCCCUUGUAUGCCUCUCCAGAGAUAGUUAAUGGACUGCCAUACAAAGGUCCAGAGGUGGACACCUGGUCUCUUGGGGUCCUGCUCUACACCUUGGUCCAUGGGGCCAUGCCAUUUGAUGGGCACAACCAUAAGAACCUAGUGCAGCAGAUCAGCACUGGGAACUAUCGCAAACCAACAAACCCUUCAGAUGCCUGUGGUCUAAUUCGCUGGAUGCUGAUGGUGAACCCUGAGCGUAGAGCUACAAUAGAGGAGAUCGCUGGACACUGGUGGCUUAACUGGGGUUACCAACACUCCCUGCUGGCCGAUGGUGAGACUGCGGGGGUGGUGCCACCAGGUGGGACAACCAUGGCAACAACUCAGCAACCAGGGGGACUCACCCACAUUGUCAACUGGCUUCGUCGGACCUCUAGACCUUUACUAGAGAAUGGAUCCAAGAUGCGCUGUCUGCUGCGCUCCCAAGGAGGCAGUGGAGGAGAUGUAGUACGACAACGCUCCCUGCGGAGGUCUCGCAAAGAGAACAACGUCUCCCAGACCACACACGAAGUGGGGGCUCCCACCACUCGGCCCGCCAAGGGGAUCCUGAAACGACGAGGCAGUCUGAAGCAGAAGGCCCACAGCGAAGCUCCGUGCGCGGGGACAGAGGAACCACAGAGAGCCUUUGGCCUGUCCAUACCGACCCAGGUGCAGCCUGUUGCUUCUCUCCCCCGCAAGGGUAUUCUGAAGAAGCCUGUGGAGCGGGAGUCCGGCUACUACUCCUCCUCCCCCGAGAGCAGUGACUUACCCCAGAUAUCACAAGCUCACGUCUGCCCUUCAACAACACCCCACUCUAAAGGCAUCCUGAAGCACCAUGGCAAGUUCUCCUCAGGUGGCCUACAAGAUUUUGGUUCUUUGGACCAGCUAGCAGCCUCCCUGCCACGAGGGGGACCCAGAGCAAGGCCCAGCAGUGCCAUCAGCCAAGACAGUAUCCUCUCCUCAGAGUCCUUCGACCAACUGGACCUGCCUGAGCGUGUAAGGCCACCAGCACCAGUGGAACGCCCAGUCAAGAGCACCAUAAGAGGGUGUGUGUCUGCCGACAACCUGUUUGACCUUCAAGAAGAGCUGAGGCCGAGAGGACUUUGGGACUGCUACCGAUCUGGAGUUGCAGACAGCUCUUUCUCUAUCACUGACUGUGAGAACAUGACAGAGACCUACAAACAGGCCGUGGUGGUGGGGGGAGCAGCACCAAGCCGAGAACCAACCAGAGGAUCUGGACACAGCAUAGUAAACUAGGACAACUAUGGAACAAAAAUGUCCAAGACUAUUGAAACCUUUUAGCAGUGAUGUGUCAUGGUAGCUAUAAAGAAAGUGACAGUUUUGAUGCCAUCAUGCUCGUCUAAAGGAAGUACAGUACCAAAAACUGGGAUAUUCUGGGAUAUUUUUCAAAUGACUACGUUUUAAAAUGCCUCUUAAGAGGCACUAGAGGGCCAGACAUUUGGAUAUUUGUCAGAAACUGGCUUUUUAAGUCUGUUCUUAGCAUUUCAAUAUUGAUUUCUUUUUUGUUUUCUUUUUUUACAUGUGCAUGUCAGGAUGUGGGGAAAUUGGCAUUUCAUCAAUACCAAAGAUUCUAAAAAAGGAAUUAGUGAGCAAAGAUUUUUCAUCUCAUUGAAUAUGUCAACCAACCAGUGUGACAUGUUUUUGUGCUACAGGAGCCUUUCCAAUAAGCAAGCAUAUUUAUUCCUGGAUAAACUUUUGAGAUGACUCAAAAAGCUUGUGAGAAUUAUUUUGCAUGGUGGCAGAACCAGUAUAACUUGCCUCCAUUUUACAUCUCGCAGUUAAUUUAGAACAGAACAGGGAUUUACAGGAAAUGCAAUAGUUAAGGCGACUUUAAAACUGCACAAUAUGAAACAACUUUUUUUCUGGAAUUUAUGUAUAAGCUUUAGACAAGCGAAUGUAGUACUGAUUAAGUUAAUAUGUAAUCCUUUUAAGGAACUGAAAAAUGCCAUGAAGCCUUUGUCCAUGGGUUGAUUGCUUUAUGAGAAAAAGUCUAAAGGUGAGUUUGGUUGCCCUGUAAUCAUAACAGCAGGUGUUCGGAGUGAGAUUUUAUUGCUGUGCUGUUAAGUCAAUGUACAGUAUGUCUUGUAUAUGAUUAGGAUUUAUGCAAUUCAUCAAACUAUUUGGCUGUUUAAUAUGGCCACUCACAUGAAUGUUGAAUAAAUACACCAUUUCUAAUUGCACAAGAGAUGGUGGCCUAUUCAGCAUCAAGUUGCUUGCCAAUGACUGGAAUAUGCUUAAGACAAAUUGGAUUUAGAGGGAAAUUUGUAUCAAAUUUGUAUUUGGAGCUCUGAAUGUCAGCAGCAGCAAUCCAUAAACAUAUUUUUAAUAGUCUUUUAGCAGACGCUCUUAUCCAGAGCGACUUACAGUCGCAUAUUCAGUGGUAGUAAAGACAUUAGACUAAAGCAGCAAUAUCACUAACAACAAAUACUGAGGAUAUUGCUUUUCAAAUGUAAUUGUAUACAUUUCUUGUUGGGAUUUUGUUUGUGUUAAACAGGAAAGUGUGGAUUUUGUCUAGUCAUCCACUUGCACAUAAUUAUGUCAAAUGUGUCAUGAAAAUGGAAACACUGGAUUCUUCAGAAGCUUUUUUUUUUUUGGACCACAUUUAUAUUGGCCACAAUG